GGCGGGUACAGCGCUGGCUGCUCUCCGCAGUACAGAUCUGCUGAGAGCACCAGAGCAGAGCUCCUCCACAGACCACAGCCGCAGGGCACGCACUGCACCUCAGAGAGAAACCUCACGUAGAAAUAUACGCUGGAGGAGAAACUGCUACCUCACAAGACAGAAGACAAGACAAAGAGGAGGAGAAGAGGUGGUGAGAAAAACUAUGAGAUUGUCUGCGUUUUCUUGGAAGAACACAACUUCCAGGGCAAACGGCUCUUUACAUUCUACUUUUGGAGUUCCAUUUAAUAAUUUAUCUUCUGCCUCAUUUUUGUCUCACUUUGCCUUUUUAAAAGUUUGGCAUACAGGAUCCGCUUCAAGGACCUCAAGAUGUCUGAUCACAGAAACUACUGAGGCAGAUUAUUCUUUGCAAUAAGGAUCGAUCCACACUCUACAGCAGAAGCUCCUGAAAUAGUGGAGACACCUGCGAGCUCAAACUUUUUCUCUCCAUAUACUGGAGGUUUUUUCUCUAGUGAAGCCUCGGCUCCAUCUGCCUCUGCCUCCACCUCAACCUCAGGAUGGCCGGCUGCACCUGCCGCUGCAGGCAAGGCUUGCUCAAACUAAUGCAGUCCCUGCAGAGACUGGUCUCAGGAACCCUCACAAAAGAUAAAACAGAUGAGGAGGUGGAGAUGGCGACGGUGUGCUACAGACCAGAGGGUCUUGACCAGCUGGAAGCCCAAACUAACUUCAGCAAACAGGAGCUGCAGAUCCUCUAUCGUGGUUUUAAGAAUGAAUGUCCAAGUGGUGUUGUAAAUGAGGACACAUUUAAACACAUUUACGCACAGUUCUUUCCUCAUGGAGAUGCAAGCAUGUACGCCCAUUAUCUUUUCAAUGCAUUUGACACGACAAACAAUGGCUCCAUUAAGUUUAAGGACUUUGUAAUGGGUUUGUCUACACUGCUGCGAGGAACACUGAGAGAAAAGCUUGAGUGGACGUUUCACCUUUAUGACAUUAACAAAGAUGGCUACAUAAACAGAGAGGAAAUGACUGAGAUUGUGAGAGCCAUUUAUGACAUGAUGGGCAAGUACACGUACCCUGCAUUAAAGGGAGACGUCCCACAGCAGCAUGUGGAUGCCUUUUUCCAGAAAAUGGAUAAAAACAAAGAUGGAGUGCUGACUUUGGAGGAGUUUAUUAUAGCCUGCCAGGAGGAUGAAAUCAUGAUGAGAUCCAUGCAGCUGUUUGAAAACGUGAUGUAGGUCCUGAGGAGAUGACGGAAAACAAAGACAUGGAAAAUGAGAGGACUUGGUGUGAGUGUGUGUGUGUGUGUGUGUGUGUGUGUGUGUGUGUGUGUGUGUGUGUGUGUGUGUGUGUGUGUGUGUGUGUAAUACAUCCAGUCUCUCCUCUUGGUUCCAUUCUAUCAGCUCUGGUCUGGAUACAGUCAGAUUCCCUCACCAUGACUUGAAUGAUGAGACUGGACUGGAAUGCUUUUAGCUUUCCUGCAGAGUUUUCCCUCCCAAUACAAACUGACUGAUGUGACAAAGACAUUGCUCUCAGUCCUGUCUAGAAGAUUGGUCUGUCAGAGAUAUAAAGAUGAACCUACACCGCAAGGCUGCACCAGACCAGCAAAGAGCUAUUUGUUCAACCAGAAGAGCUUCUUUUUUCUUUUUCCAUAAGACGUUCUUUUUUUUUUUGCCUAAAUUUAUUUGCAUGCUUUUGCAAGAGGUUAUUAAUUUAUCUCCAAACAUGUGUCUGAUUUGUUAUGGAAAUAUGGCCGUAAGGAUUUAUUUUUUUUAUCUCAUGCUUCACUGUUGCAGUGACCACUGUUCUUUUGUUUUGACCUGGUUGUCACUUGCCUGCGGAGUCUGUAUGGUGCUUGUUGUUAAGAGUCUAAAGCUUAUUGUAGAAAGU